GGGACCAUGCUUCAGUCUGCGUGUGCCCUGCUGUUGUCUGCCCAUUUAGCGGCGGCACUGUUUUAUCACGAGUUAUCUGCGGUUGAUCUGAAGGACGAUAAAAUAAACAGUGCUUAUGGAUUCAGCUUGGGAUAUCAAACGGAUGAUGCGAGACUAGUUAUCGGCGCACCACUCUAUAAUACAGACGGAAAAGUGUAUCAUUGCUCUGUAAAGGACAUCAAGAAUAAGAAAUGCAAUGAUCCCGUACAUAUUGACUUUAAAGGGAUAUCGAACAGAACUGUGAAUCCAGAUCAGCAUUUUUACCUGGGUGCCUUAAUAGCUGCAAAGAAAAAUGGUUUUGUGGUAUGUGCGCCGCUAAGAACCGCAUAUUUUGGUAAUAUCGAUCUACAUACAAAAACUAGCGCGGCGUUUGGUGCCUGCUUCAUUUACGAUAAUAUUGAAAAAACACCAAAACCAUGGUCUCUUAACUCCAAUAUAAGUAUUUCAGCUCUAUGGGUAGAAGGAGGUGGCGGCUGGAGCACGCUAGUGGAUGACAAGGAUAGAGUCAUAAUAUCCCAACUGUUUGAGGAUAAGGCUGCGUUGUGCAGCCAAACGCCAAAAGCAGAGAAUUACUCGGAAUGUUUUAAACCUCAAGAACUGAGCCUGGCGACGACAUACGGUCAAGCUAUAACGUUUGGAGAUUAUUUUUCUGAAAAUAAAACAUGCUAUGCUUUUAGCGUUAACUCUAUAGGAAUGGAGAAAGGCUAUAUUGAUUUCUUCUCUAACGAUCCUCUACAUGCCUUUGCUCCAGGAUUAGACUGCCCUCGCAGACUGAACGACAAGACUGACAGCGUAGGCAGCAUGUUCGGCGCGGCGCUCUGCAGCGCCGACGUCACUCGUGACGGUCACGCCGACCUGAUCGUCGGCGCGCCGGCGCAGCACCGCUGGGCCGCCGACUACGACACCGGCGCGACGCACAUUUAUUCUAAAUCGGUCAGUGUUUUAGAGUGUGAGAGAUAUAAUCAUGUUAGACAGAGACUGAGAGCGUAG